AUGGCCGCCAUUCUCGAGGCUCUGGGGUCAUGGCAAAUGAUAGAGGGCAAGAUUCUGAUCAGUGCGCUGCCCGGGAAGAGCGCACAGGCUACGCUCAGAGCGGUAGCGGGAGAAGAGGUGUUGGGAGAUGCAGAGGAGCAUUCAGGUAUCACAUUGGAGAUGACUAUGCCCAACCUCGUAGCUAGAGAGGGCGCGUCAAUGACGACUAUGGCUGCUUCCACCUACGAGUCAAGCCAGCGGGCUAUGAAUGCGACCAAGUGGGUUCUGGAUCAUGUCGGGAAGAGGCGAGAGAUUCCGGAGGCUCAGUUCGACCUCAUCGGAUCCCUGGCUGGAUGCUCUGGGGCCAUACUCACGAUCGCAAUCAUGUCAGCGUGGCAUGAGGAUCGAACGCUCGGAGGAAUUGUCAAUGACGGGGCCUUUUACCACUGCUCAAGCAUGGCAGCUCGCCGCCCAACAUUCGUGAGCAGGUGUCCCCCCCCCCGGAGGGAGCACGACCAAGAGCCUCGUGGAAUUGGAACGACAUAG